AUGAAUGUACUGGCGCGUUCGAGAAGACCAUUGCGCUUCUCGAUUCAGCAGCUGAUUCUUCCUUCAUUGCUCACGCAGGCGGUCCAACGCCUACACCUCAACACUCAUCGCGAUCAGAUCCUUAGAGUAUCCACAUUCGGAGGUAGAGCAGAAAAAAUCAACACAAGAGUGGUGACUGUACCAUUGUUCAACGAUGAAGGCGAUUUUAUUGAAGUUCAACUUUUCACGAAAUCUAUCCUCACUGCAUCAUUUUCGUUGCAAGCCCUUUCACCUAACGAUCUAUCAUACAUACGACACGAACUCUCCUUAACGAACCUCGACAUACAUCAAGGAGAUAUCUCUCCAGAGGUUUUACUAGGAAUUGACUAUUUCAACACCAUAGUUAAUUCAUUUCAGCCAGCCGUUCAACUUCCAUCAGGUCUCUACUUGCAAGAUACCUUUUUUGGCCCUGUCAUCUCAGGUACUACGACUGAUCCCACAGUCUACCCAAUUCAUAAAGACAACAUAACGCUUUUAGUAGCGAAUGGUUCGUGUAGCUCAAUGGAAUCCGAUCUCUCCGACAUGAUGAAACUUGAAUCUGUCGGCAUUUGUGACAACCCUUCAGAUCAGCAAGAAGAGGAUCGAAUAGUAAAACAGUUUUACGAGACCGUUCAAAUACGCGACCACAAAAUUUUUGUUCAAUUCCCAUGGAAAUCGAACAAGAACCAGCUUGCCGACAACUACGGAAUCGCAUUAGGUCGAUUACAUCAACUACAUAGAGCAUUCCAUGCAAAACCCGAAAGCUGGCUACAAUAUUGUAGCAUCAUAGAAGACCACUUGAGUCGAGACAUUGUUGAAGAGACCUAUCAAAGCAUCCAUCACAAAAGAUACUUGGGCUGCAGUGGAAUUCAGGAACGAGACGAGUUCGUCCUCCAUCUAAACCUAACACAGACGGAGAAAACCACGAAACGCAAUGUAUUGAAACAAAUUCAUGCGACGUUUGAUCCCCUUGGGUUCUUGGUUCCCCUCUUAACUCCCGCGAAAAGCUAUGGCAGAAGGAUUAUAAUUGGGACACAGCCUCUACAACGUGAAGAUACUGAGAAGUGGCAAUCCAUUUGUAGUCGUGCAACUGGUUUUACCAAAGUUAUUCCUAGACAACUUUUUGAUUCUCCGCGUUUCACAACAAAUUAUCAGCUACAUACAUUUGUCGAUGCAUCCUCCCACUCCAUUGCAGUAUGCGUCUACCUACGCAGUCAUACAUCCGACAAUCAAAUCCGGUGUCGACUAGUGAUAGCGCGCCAUCGGCUCACCCCAGUGAAACAGCUCAAGUCAGACCCCGUUAUUACAAUUCCUCGAUUGGAAUUAGUUGCGCUGCAGCUUGGCAUGCAGCUCACUAAAUUCGUAUACGACGAACUCGACUUGAAAAUUGACAAGAUCAAUAUAUAUAGCGAUUCGCAAAUAGCACUAAAUUGGAUCCAGUCAGACAAACCCAAAGGCGUUUUCAUUCAAAAUCGUGUUCUCAAAAUACGACACCAAAGUUGUCAGCAAACUAAGACAAGAAAGUCGCGACAAAAUAACGAAAGCAUACCAGAGCUUCAAGAAAUGUUACAGCUACGUCCUGCUACUCAAAUCCUUUCGCAGGAAGUAAUAGCCGCUGAGAAGUUAUGCAUAAAGCUUGCACAGGGCACAGUAGUGCCAACACCGAAACAUCAACAUCUCAACGUCCUAAACGACUCCGAAGGCAUAUUGCGAUGCUAUGGAAGACUUCAGAAUUCCCAUCUGCCAUUUCAAACUAUAAAUCCCAUACUCUUACCUUCCGAUCAUGAAUACACACGUUUGAUAAUCCUGGAUGUUCAUCAACGAUUAGGACAUCAAGGAGUUAAUUCCACUUUAGCGAACCUUCGAUUAAAAUACUGGAUACCAACGGGUCGACGCAUAGUUCGUAAAGUACUAAAAUCCUGCUCGACUUGCAAAAAAUGGAAUGCUAGAGCUUACCGAUAUCCAAACUCUCCGUCACUUCCAAACAGUAGGACAACACCAUCGCGAGUCUUCGAGAAUAUAGGUGUAGACCUGGCAGGACCCUUCCUAGUUCGAGAUCAAGACAAUCAUCAAAAAAGAUGGGUGUGCUUGUUCACAUGUAUGAGCACAAGAGCCAUUCAUCUAGAAGUACUAACUUCAGUGAGUGGCGAGUGCUUCAUAAACUGUCUGCGUCGUUUCGCUGCAAGACGCGGUCGACCGAGAGAAAUUAUUUCAGACAACGCGACAAACUUCAAGUUGGGCCAACAACUAAUCAGCCAAAAUGAAUCCGAAACCUUACAGAACAUUUUCGACACUAACUCCCUAGAAAACUUUCUCGCCAAUGAAGAGAACAUGCAGGAAACUUACGCGAAUGUUAAGUUUCAACUGACUUCGCUCCAUGUAAUCCCAAGUAACCUCAUUCAUCGCAACUUCAUUAAAGGCUCUCAGUCAACAGCAGUCUUAGAUCCCAACGUCCAGUUUCAUUUCGCAUGUCGCCAUCACGAGCACAACGAAACGGGCAAAAUUUCAAAUUGCACGGUUAGAAAUAGCUGCACUUGCAACCCAGCAGAGGACGAAAUAACUUGCUACUGCGAGCAAAACAAUGUCAGCUCAUAUUUCGAUCUCAGUCGUACAUUACCAAUAACUCUUCCGAGCACUAUCAUACGACCCUCAGAAAAUUGGGGUGCACUAAUUCAGACGAAAGCAGCCAACGCCGAAUUAGCAAUAACACUCAACUCAACAAUAGCGAAAUUGUCACUCAUAUUUGAUAGCUUUGAAUGCUCCUUCUCCUCAACAGAAGUGCAAGAAGUCGAAUGUGCAACACAAACCUUUGUUCUAUCAUGCUCUCAAGACGGCUACCGAAACACAAUACGGUUCUUCUCACAAACCGCGCGAUUCCACCAACUAUGUCGUGCCAAAUGUGGAAAGAACAACUACGCAUUCACCAUACAGGGCAUCCUCUAUUAUGUAAAUCCAUUUAAUCCAAUUCAAUCACUUCGCAAACUGAUAAGCAACAAGGCGCGAACAGAUGAAACAGAGGGCUUCUCGUUUCCAGAUAUUAGCCACAUUUUUGACAAUUUCAAGCAAUACUUCCUAUUCUCACUCAUCGUUCUGACAGUAACGGUGGCUGCGAUCUUCAUCUCCUUCGCGAUCACCAACUUAAUUGCGCUUGGAGGUCUGUUCUCCUCAAGCCAAGGAAUUCAGAGAAAGAGAGUGCCGACACCGCUUAUGCCCCUCCCACUCCGAGUUGCCGCAAUUACCAUAUCGAUA